GCUGGAGUGACAUGCUGCAUAUGUCGUUGUUGGAAUCGAGUUCCAGGGGAGGAGGAGGCCGCAAGGAAAGAGAAGAAAAUGGCAACUCAUGCGGCGGAAGAUGACCAGGAGAAGCAGCCUCUCAUAAAAUAUGAGGAAUCAUCGGUCGACGAUCCACCGAACUUGAUUCAGAAGGCCUACCGCAGCACCGCCGACCUCGCCAACCACCUCCCGACGGGGACGGCGCUCGCCUUCCAAGUCCUCUCCCCCGUCUUGACCAACCAGGGCCGCUGCACCGACGCAAACCGGGUCAUGGCGAGUUGCCUCCUGGCUCUCUGCGCCCUCUCGUGCUGGCUCCUCAGCUUCACCGACAGCUUCCGCGACGAAGCCACAGGGCGGGUCCGCUACGGCCUCGCCACGCUCAAGGGCUUAUGGGUCAUCGACGGCCUGAAACCGCUGCCGCCGGAGCUGGCCGCGGGCUACCGACUCCGCUUGGUGGACUUGCUGCAUGCCUUCACCUCGCUGCUGGUGUUCGCGGCGGUGGCGUUGCUCGACAAGAACGUGGCGUCGUGCUUCUACCCGACGCCGUCCGAGGACACGCGGCAGGUCCUGUCGGCUCUACCCGUCGGGAUCGGAGUUAUCGGAAGCACAUUGCUUGUUGCUUUCCCCACCAGCCGCCAUGGAAUUGGAUUUCCGCUCUCUCCCGAUACAUGAUAUCUUGCUCGACUGCGUCUUUCGCUUGUUUGUCGGAGAACACCUGAGCAUGCGUUCCAUGUCUGUAACGAUUGCACACUCGAGGAAAAGAAUAAUCUCAAUUACAAUGUUGCUUUCAAAUAAGACGUCGAACUUAACCUUACA